AUGGUUUCAGCAUCCUCCUACCUGGUUCCCAUAGCAUCCUGCCUCCUCGCCCCCUCGGCCAUCAUCUCCCUCGCCAUCGCCGCACCAACAGCACUCACCUGUGGUGUAAAAGGAUGGGACAAAGCAGGAUCCACCCCAGCAUUCCUUGCCAUAGUGAAUGCUACCUCUGCCAGUCCAGCACCCUGCAAAGCGCUGUGUACAGAGAAUAAAUGUGGAAGUUUUGCAGUCGGAAAUGGCACAUGCCUUCUCUAUGUGGCCGAUGUCGCUACACAGUUGAAUCCCCAGAAUGCGAGCACUUAUACGUAUUAUGAUGCGGGCUGCACCGUUUAA